AUGCCCGGCCCCUCCCACUGUCGCGCCCUCCCCCUGCCCGUCGCGUCGCCCCCCCCCUCCCCUUCCCCUGCCCGUCGCGUCGCCUCCUCUCCCCCUGCCCGCCGCAUCGCCUCCCCUCCUCCUGCCCGUCGCGUUCGCCUCCCCUUCCCCUGCCCGUCGCGUCGCCUCCCUUCCCCCUGCCCGUCGCGUCGCCUCCCCUCCUCCUGCCCGUCGCGUUCGCCUCCCCUUCCCCUGCCCGUCGCGUCGCCUCCCUUCCCCCUGCCCGUCGCAACGCCUCCCCUCCUCCUGCCCGUCGCGUUCGCCUCCCCUUCCCCUGCCCGUCGCGUCACCUCCCCUCCUCCUGCCCGUCGCGUUCGCCUCCCCCUCCCCUGCCUGUCGCGUCGCCUCCCUUUCCCCUGCCCGUCGCGUCGCCCUCCCAUCCCCGCCCCUGUCCUACCGUCGCGCCCUCCUCCCCGCCCCUUCUCACCGUCGCGCCCUCCUCCCCACCCCUUCCUACCGUCACGCACCCUCCUCCCCGCCCUCUCCUAA